AUGAAGAUUGAGAAGGGAAAUGAUGGGAAUAAACCCAGAAAUCGGCAGCAAAUAUCGACUUCAACAAGGGCUUUAUCGAAAUGGUGGCCAUCAGUGUGGAGAUUCGUUGGGUUCAUCAUUUUCCCACUCAUCCUCUUAUCAAUUCUUCCAUCGGCUUUUCUUUUUGUCGAUGCUCAUCCAGUGAACAGAGUGAUCUCGAUGGUCCCUCCAACAAUGCCGAUCAUUGUCGACGAUUCACUAAAAGAAGAAACGGAUAUCGAGGGACCAAUUGGACCAGAAGGGGAAGAAGAUGAAGUACCGGAAAGAGAAGAAAAGAUAGAUAAAGAAAGGAAAGAUGUUCCCGAUGAAUGGAUUCUUCAUUCAAGACAUGAAACUUCUCUACUCGAACUCGAUGAUUUGCCACCCUAUCCCCAGAAACAGAAAUGCAUCUACAGUGUGUGCUCAGAAACGACGUUAUUCACUUAUCGACGAUGUUGCAGGAAUGAUAUCUACUCGUGUUGUUGGUUCUUUCGCAUGUGGGUCAUAGUAGUGUUCGGUAUCUUCGCUCUGAAGCUCUUCCUCACGAUUUUCGUCUCGUUCUUUCGCUGUGUUUGUUGC